AUGACACCACAACAAGUGCCGGUGCGGCAAAGAUGUCGAUUUAUCGGUCUUGCUGUCGUGGUGGGCGCGGUGGUCGUUCUAUUUCUUGGAGCGGCUGUGGAGCUGGAGAAGCAUGAGAAAGUAAAUCUUGCUGCGCUGGAGCUCGGCGUCGGGGGGCACUAUGACGAUCUUGGGGACAAUGAUGCCGAUGCCCGGCGGCGAUGGCGGAGCAGGAGUAAGGUUUCUUGA